ACUACAUAUUGGAAUUGUAAAUUUUUGUUGUUGAAUCGUUCAUCGUUUAUAAUAAACUUUCUUAUAACGUUAAUAACGAAUUAUUAUAGGAAAGCAGAGAAUUUAUGAAGAUAUAAUGCAUUUCCAAGGUUACGCGAAUCAAGUAGUGCACCACUUUGAAGAGAAUGAUGAUUCUCGUUCAAAUCACUAUGACCCAACCGUAUACGACAGUGAAGAAGAUACUGACGAUGCGAGUGAAACGGAAUUUCGAAACAACAGUCGUAGCAGCAACGCUACAAACACAACAAACGGUGGCAGCAAUCACGAAUUAAAAGAACAAGUUUAUCAGCACAAAUUAGCCAUAUUGAAUAAACAACGAGAAGAACUAAAACAUCUCGUACAUCCUGACUAUGUAAAGCGGUUAAAAAAGCUUGAAAAUCAGUACAAAGAACGCUUAAGACUGAAUGAAAUCCACAGAGAAUAUCUAAAAGAGUGUGUUGAGAAAGACUAUCAAGCAGAGCGACGAGCAGCGCUUAAGGAGUAUGAAGAGAAAAAGAUUGAUUUGAAGGAAAAUAUUCUAGCCGAUUUAGAAGAAAGGAAGAAGCUCAUAGAGAAUGAGCGGUACAAUUUGGAGCUUACGAAUGACUCAACGGAAGUAAAACCAACAGUGACGCGCAAACUACGCAGGCGACCAAAUGAACCCGUUCCAGUAGUCGAAAAACGACGGAAACCUACAACUGGUCAAUUACUUGUAUACCUGUUGGACGACAAAGAGAUUGAUAGCGAUAUGAAGGCUAUACAGAGAGCAACGCAACAAAAUGGUGUCGGAAACGUUCCUUUUAGUAAUCUGCAACAGGGAGGUUUACUCUCCGAAAGUACAAAUGCAAACGCUGCCACCAAUAUUGAAACACGUAUUGAAGAUGGAAAACUACUGUAUCAAAGGAGAUGGUUCCAUAGAGGCCAACAGGUUUAUGUUGAGGGCAAGGAUUUGGUAAAAUUCGCAGCUACAAUUACCGCCAUAGGCAAUGAAGUGGUAUGGGUCAAAAAGACUAACGAUAGUAAAGUCAAAAUUAAUAUGUCUCAUUUGGCUAAAGGCAAAGUUAGUAUUAAGCGACGCGCCAACUGAUCCAACGCCA